ACCCCUGGCACACGGCCUCGGCCCCGGGGAGGCGGCGGGGCAGUGCCGGUGCCCCCGCAGGCAUCUGGAAGGUUCCGGCUCGCCCGCCCCCCGCCGCCCCGACUCUCUUGCUCUAUAAAUGCGGGCGCCGGUGGCCGACGCGCUCAGAGGGGGGCACCGGGGCCAUGCUGGGGGUCUGGCUGCUGCUUUGGGGUUCCGUGGCCCUGGGCGGCCGGGCGGACACCGCCUUCCUCCGCCGCGCCCAUGACAGCUCCGGGUGCUGCACCUACUCCUUCACGGUGGCCAGCCCCGUGGAGGCCGCCUGCCCCGAGGCUGCCGGCGGCGUGCCCGAGCUGCGCGCCGAGCUGGCCGCCCUCGCCGCCCGCCUGAGUCGGCUGGAGAGCCGGGAGCGAGGAGCGGGGAGCUCGGGGCCGCGCGGAGCCGAUCCGGGGGGCGCACGGGACCCCCAGCAAGCCUCCCGCCUGGAGGCUGCGUACGGCGAGCUGCUGCGGGCCAAGUCCCGGCUGGAGGAGGAGAAGGGGCGGCUGGAGCGGGAGAAAGAGGAGCUGGGCAAGCGGCUGGAGAGCAGCGCCCAGGAGAUCACCCGGCUGCGGGCCGCCCGCUGUCCCCCCGGCAGAGAGGGGCCCGGCCGGGACACGCUGCGUGCCCCCGCCAAGGCGCCGCGCUGGGAGCCGCAGCCCCUGAGCUACCAGGAGCUGCAGUCGGAGAGGAGCGAGGUUCCCGUGUCCCGGCUGCUGGAGGAGACGGCGCUCGCCCGCCCGGGCAAGGAGGACUCAGGCUGCGGCCAGCUGCUGUGGGUGGGGGAGCCCGUGGUGUUCGGCCGGGCGGACUCCAUCGCGGGCAAGUACGGCGUGUGGAUGAAGGACCCCGAGCCCGUGCCGCCCUUCACCCGCGACAACACGUGGCGUGUGGACACCGUGGGCACCGAGGUGCGCCAGCUCUUCCAGUACGAGGAGGCCGAGCAGCUGGCCCGGGGCUACCCCGCCAAGGUGCACAUCCUGCCGCGGCCCCUGGAGAGCACGGGGGCCGUCAUCUACCGCGGCGGGCUCUUCUUCCAGCCCCGCCAGUCCCGCUCCGUGGCCCGCUACGACCUGCGGGGCGAGAGCAUCACGGCCGAGAGGGAGAUCCCCGGCGCCGGCUACCACGGGCAGUACCCCUACUCCUGGGGGGGCUACACCGACAUCGACCUGGCGGUGGAUGAGACGGGGCUCUGGGUCAUCUACAGCACCGACAAGGCCCGGGGAGCCAUCGUCCUCUCCAAGCUGGACCCCGAGACGCUGGAGAUCCGUCGGACCUGGGAGACCAACAUCCGCAAGCGGGGGGUGGCCAACUCCUUCCUCAUCUGCGGCACCCUCUACACCGUCAGCAGCUACUCUGCGCCCAACGCCACCAUCAACUUCGCCUACGACACCGCCACGGGCACCAGCCGUGCCCUCAGCAUCCCCUUCGAGAACCGCUUCCGCUACCUCAGCAUGCUGGACUACAACCCUGCCGAGCGGCAGCUCUUCGCCUGGGACAGCUUCAACAUGGUCACCUACCCCGUCCGCCUGUCCCGGCCGUGAGCCCGGGCUGGCUGUGCCUUGGCACCCCGCUUCCCUGCCCCUUUCCCCCGGGAGCGCCGCCUCCCACAGCCUCGGCGGUGCUGGGGGCCGCACGCUGCCCGGCCACAUCGCAUUGUGCAGCAGAGAGAGAGAGAGGAGGCACUCACUGCUCCAGAGCCAGGGAAGCGCCUCUCAGCAGCCUCGGUGGGUUUGGGAUGGGUCCCCGCAGUGCCCAGCCCCGAGCUGCCGCAGGACCUCCCUGAGCACCCAGCCUGGCCGUGGAUGUGGAGCAGGGAGGGCUCAGGCACGGGGAGGGCUGUGCAGGAGGAUCCUGCCUUAAAAUAAACGUGUUUCCCUAGUUGUGAGCAGCGAUCCCCUCUGUGGGGCAGGGUUUGUUGUUUCCAGGCUCCGGCCCUGCAGAGAUCCCACAGCCUCCACUGGCAUCCCACACUCCCAGUGCCCAAGGGCAUCCUGGAGCUCAGCCACCUCCAAAACUCACUGAGUGGGCUCAAAAGCAGCAGAAAACACAGACACACAUUGCACAAGCCUUGUUUUAUUGAGGGGAAAAAGCAGCCAGGAGAGCAGGGGUGAGGAGUGCUGGCAGAGCACCCUGCAGCCAGGUGGCCUCUCAGCACCCAGCCCUUCCAGCCUUGUGCUUCAGCUUUGCAGCCACCCCAGCCAGCCCAAACCACACUGCUUUAUCUGUUUAUUGUAGAAAGCUUCUAGGAGGAGGCUUCUUUCUCAUUCUGGCACCUGGGGCAGCAGCAACCACAUUCCUCAGGGGCUGCAUGGGGUCCUGGCCCAAUAAACACUGCCCAGCACCUCUGCUGCCUCACACCUUGUUUUUCCAAGGCUGUUUUCCAAGGAGUGUGGUGGGUUGGUGCCACUCUUGGUGCACCUACAGGCUGGAGGUGCUGGGGAGGGGGAGCUGUAAUGCCUUGAGCAGGAAAAUGCCACAGUUUUGGAGGCAGCUCCUGACAGCAACACACCAAUUAUUGGAGCAGUGGGAAAGGACAGAGAACACAGUGGCACACUUGUGAUGAUCAGGGAGAUGCUUCACCCCUCUGCUGCCCUGACACUAACAGUGUUUUCUUAAGUGUAGCAGCACUGUAUGUUUGCAUAUCACAAUGAAGCAUUUGGUUUAUCCAUCA